GUCACGGCGGGCGGGUGCGGGCGGCGAUGGCGGUGACGUCACGGCGAUGGCGGCCGCGGGCCGGGCGCUGCCCUCAGCGGGCCGCUCCAAGGGGGACAUCCGGGAGAGGGUGUGGGAGCACCUGGAGGCCUCCGGCCUGGCCGACUUCCCGCGGCCCGUGCGCGGCCGCAUCCCCAACUUCAAGGGCUCCCUGCAGGCCUGCUGCUCUCUCAGGGAGCUGGAAGCGUUCAGCAGAGCACGGGAGGUGAAGGUGGAUCCUGACAAACCUCUGGAAGGUGCCCGGCUGGCGGCUCUGCAGGCAAGGAAGACUUUGCUGGUUCCCACACCACGGCUGAGGACUGGGCUGUUCAACAGGAUUGUUCCCCCUGCAGGUGCAACCAAGGAGAUGCUGAGAAGAUGUGCCACAUCUCAGGGUGUGAGAGACUACAGCGUGCCUGUGGGGCUGGAUGGGAAAGCACAAGUGGACUUGGUGGUUGUGGGAUCAGUGGCUGUCUCUGAAAAAGGCUGGAGAAUUGGCAAAGGGGAAGGUUAUGCAGACAUGGAAUAUGCAAUGAUGGUGUCCAUGGGGGCAGUGCAGGAGGACACACCUGUGGUUACCAUCGUGCACGACUGCCAGGUGCUUGACAUAGCAGAGGAGCUGCUGGGUGAUCAUGAUUUAACUGUGGAUUUCAUCCUCACUCCAACAAGGACUAUCCAGACUAAUUGCAAACGACCAAAACCUCAGGGAAUAAUGUGGCACAAGGUCAGCUCUGAGAUGCUGGGAAAAAUCCCCAUCCUAAAGACUCUUCGAUGCAGGGAGAAGCAGGCUGGCAAGGAUGUCACCCUCCAAGACGAACACCCAGCCCUGGCAAACACCAAGAGAGCAGCAAUUUCAGGCCAGAAGGUGAUGGCUGCAAAUCCCCAGCCAUGGGCUGCUCCAGUGGGAGAUCCCCAUGAUCCUGGAAAUCCCAAAUUCCAGGGGUCUGACACAAUCACCACUGUGUAUGUGGGGAACUUGCCUGGCAGCCUGAGAGUGAGCCAGCUGAAAAGUGCCCUGAGGGAACUGCAGGUGGUUCCCGUGGCCCUGAAGUGGCAGGGAGCACAGCACAGGGCUUUCCUGGAGUACAGGGACCAGGGGGCUGCACACAGAGCUGUGGCCUCCCUGCAGGGCCUGAGCCUUGGGGGCAGUGCUCUGAGAGUGGAGCUGGCCAAGAGCAGCAAGGGGCAAGGAGAAAUCCAUAGUCACAAAUGAG